AUGGUGAGAGAGUUCAGCGGAGACAUUGGGAUGAAAUUCGGGCUGGAUAAAUGUGCGACGGUCGCUGUGAUGAGAGGGAAACUGGAACGUGAAGAAAAUAUGGUGUUGAUAGACGGACAAGUGAUACCAGCUUUAGGGGCAGAAGAGAGGUAUAAAUAUCUUGGUGUCCAGGAGACAUAUGAAAUUAGACAAAGGGAGAAUAAGGAAGAAGUCGAAAGAGAGCUGUUCACAAGGAUCAAGAAAGUCUUAAACACACAACUGUCAGCCAAGAACAAAAUGACCGCUAUCAAUACCUGGGCAAUACCGGCUUUCAUAUAUACUGCUGGAGUACUCACCUGGUCUCGGACGGAUCUGGAAAGACUAAACAGGAGAACUAGGACCACCUUGACACAGUAUGGUUUGCUGCAUCCAAAUUCAGCUAUUGAAAGGCUGUAUAUUCCACGUAGAGAGUCGGGGCGAGGACUGAGCUCACUGGAGAACGUCUAUCUGAAAGAAGAAAGCAGAAUUAAAACCUUUUUUCUGCAGAGCAACUUACCGGUGCACCAGUGGGUAACUAGCCAACGCUAUGUGUCCACGCCGGCAGGAAACGACGAUGAGCAGGAACCUGAAACAGAGAACAUGGUUGAAAAAUGGAAAGAAAAAUGGAGAUCAAAGCCCUUACAUGGACGGUUCUAUGCCAGCCUGCAGCAGCCAGAAGUCGACUUGCCCAGCACGAACACCUACCUCACUCAGGGUUACCUCUAUCCUCAGACUGAGGGAACCCUGAUGGCAAUACAGGAUCAAGUUGUUCCUACACGAGCCUACGCGAAACACAUAAUGAAGCAAAACAUCGAAAACACAAAAUGCAGGCUCUGCAACAACGUUGAGGAAACUGUGCAACAUUUGUCAUCUGGAUGCUCGACUAUAGCUAACACCAAAUACUUGUCUCGCCAUAACAACAUGGGCAAAGUUGUACACCAGUUUAUGUGUCUCAGAGAACGGCUUCUCCAAGAGUUCGUCCCUCAUCACAUCUACGAACCGACGACUGUCCGGGAAAACCAAGAUAUCAAGAUCUAUUGGGACUUGACAGUGCAAACAGAUCCGGGUGCUGAACAUAACCGACCAGACAUGGUUGUAUGGAACAAAGAUAAGAAGUCGGCGAUCAUCAUUGACUUCGCGGUACCGUUAGACCAAAACCUCGCUAAAGCCUACGGAGAGAAGAUUGCCAAAUACGAAUUGCUAUCAAGACAGAUGAAGCGAACUUUUGAGCUGGAAAAAGUAGAAAUAAAGCCAUUGGUGAUUAGCUGCAAUGGUCUGGUACAUAAGAAAACCGUUGAGCACUUGAGAGAGAUGGAUCUGCCUUCAAACACCAUAACUUGGAUGCAGAAGGCCGUAAUAUUGGCAACUGUCAGCAUCAUACGACAAGUGAUAUUCCCACACUAA